UUAGCUUUGACCUCGGUUUUUUUUUUCUCUUCUUGAUGGUAAAUCUUCUACAAAAUCUUAUCGUUGAUAUGAUUACAGUACGAUAACAAGCUUUCAAAAGCCGACGAGAUAAACUUUUUAAGAGCCGGGUGCUUAGUUGUCGUUCGCGAAGUUUCAAUUAGUAAUUGGCUUGUAAUUAAUCUGUGCGACUUAUUUAACCAUGGCAAGUCAAGAAGAGAAAAUUAAGGAAGACUACCAAAAGAAUUUGGAUCCCAUCGAAUUCCAAGAGUUUAAAUUAAAAGGAUUAAAGAAUGAAAAAACCGAGAACAAUUAUGAUUUUUGGUUUUCAUGCCUUUAUGAAUAUUUCACAACUGAAAAAUUUAGUGGAGAGAGACUACUAGACCUGGGUAGUGGUCCAACUGUGCAUAAUAUAGCAACUGCCAGUGCCUAUUUUCCGCACAUAGUUCUUAGCGAGUUUGUGGAGAGCAACUGUGAGCAGCUCAGAAAAUGGGUGAGAAAAGAUCCCGACUGCAUAGACUGGUCUCCCUUUCUCGAGAGAGUGGCCAAAGCGGAAAAGAGAACUGAUGUGAAGGCAGCUGCAAAGGAAAUUGAGGACAGAAUCCGAUCUUCUGUUAAAGCUGUUAUCCACUGUGACGUACUAGAUGACCAAGUCAUUGCCAAAGAAUACGCACAACAGCCAUACGAUAUGAUCCUGACCGCACUUACAUUGGAGACAGCAGCAGUCGACCUGAAAUCCUACUCUAAAAUAGUUGGCCGAGUAAAUCAGCUGCUGCGGAAAGGUGGAAAGCUCGUCAUGAUUGGUCCAAUCAAAUGCACGUAUUGGAAAGUUGGCGACAACAAAUUCCAUUGUCUUCCAGUUGGCGAGGAUGAUAUACAGAAGGCUUUGGAGAAAAACGGAUUUGGAGAUAUUAAGUGGAAGGUCCGAGAUUUACCUGAUGAUGAUCUGCCUUUUGACUGUUCGAAAUUGUAUUUUGUAACUAGCACAAAACUGUAAUUAGUUUUUUCUUAAAUUUGUAUCAGCAGAUUCUUGUAAGGAAAUCUGAAUUUCUCAGUAAAAAAAUAAAAUUCUUCUGACAUAA